GAGAGCUGAGCUUGAAACUGACUAGGUGAUUUUGGGAGCCUUAAAAACAAACCAUUUUUUCCUUCUUCUCCCCCACCCUUCUCCAAACGCCGAGGAACGUUUUCGUCGUCUUCUUCUUCUUCUUGUGAAAGGGGUGAAAAAUAUCCCCCGUUCAGCUUCGAUUGCCGUCCGGCCACUUCCUUCUUUGAGCGUCCACAUGUCCAUUUCUUGAGAGCAAGGAUCCGCAGCAGCGGCUUUGCAACGCGCCCGCGAUCCAACUUCGCUUUUCCCUCCUCCAAGUUUCUGCAAACCAGACAAAACAUACUUUUUUUUUUUUUUUGGCCUUUGCAAGCUUUUUGUUUUUUGUUUUUGCUGCCUUACUUGUUUCCUUUCAUGCUGCAUUAAGCGACGCUGCUUCUUUCGAUUUUUAACCCCUCCCCAUUUCUCCUCCUCCCCCACCCCUUCUUCCCUCCUCGCCUCGAUUUUCAUUUUCCCCCAAUAUUUUUGCUCCGCCGCUUUCUCGCAUGAAUCUCCUCGACCCCUUCAUGAAGAUGACAGAAGAGCAGGAGAAGUGUCUGUCUGGCGCUCCCAGCCCCACCAUGUCAGACGACUCCGCCGGCUCUCCUUGCCCUUCGGGGUCCGGAUCGGACACGGAGAACACCAGACCCCAAGAGAACACCUUCCCCAAAACCGACCAGGACCUGAAGAAAGAAAGCGACGAGGACAAGUUCCCGGUUUGCAUCCGAGAAGCCGUCAGCCAGGUCCUGAAGGGUUAUGACUGGACCCUGGUGCCCAUGCCGGUGCGGGUCAACGGAUCCAGUAAAAACAAGCCCCACGUCAAGCGGCCCAUGAACGCCUUCAUGGUGUGGGCUCAGGCCGCCCGGAGGAAGCUGGCGGACCAGUAUCCCCACCUGCACAACGCGGAGCUGAGCAAGACGCUGGGGAAACUCUGGAGGUUAUUGAAUGAGAGUGAGAAACGCCCAUUUGUGGAAGAGGCUGAACGGCUGAGGGUACAACAUAAAAAGGAUCAUCCAGAUUAUAAGUACCAGCCACGAAGGAGAAAGUCGGUCAAGAAUGGGCAGGCUGAGCAAGAGGAAGGAUCAGAGCAAACCCACAUCUCCCCUAACGCGAUCUUCAAGGCCCUGCAGGCGGAUUCUCCCCAGUCUUCAUCCAGCAUGAGUGAAGUGCAUUCUCCUGGAGAACAUUCUGGGCAAUCUCAAGGGCCACCUACCCCUCCCACUACCCCUAAAACAGAUGUCCAGCCUGGGAAGCAGGACCUCAAGCGAGAAGGCCGCCCACUGCAAGAAGGAGGGAGGCAACCACCCCAUAUUGACUUCCGAGACGUGGACAUCGGCGAGCUCAGCAGCGACGUCAUCUCCACCAUCGAGACUUUCGACGUCAAUGAGUUUGACCAGUAUCUCCCACCCAAUGGCCAUCCAGGUGUUCCAGCUACUCACGGCCAGCCAGGCCAAGUCACCUACACCGGCAGCUACGGAAUCAGCAGUACGACCGCUUCACCGGCUGGUGCUGGGCACGUCUGGAUGUCCAAGCAGCAGCAGCAGCCGCCCCAGCCACCCCAGCCUCCAUCUCAACAGCCGCCAUCCCAAGCUCAGCAAGCACCCCAGCCACCGCCCCAGCAGCAUACCCUAACCACCCUGAGUAGCGAGCCAGGGCAGGCCCAGCAGAGGACACACAUCAAGACCGAGCAGCUCAGCCCCAGUCAUUACAGCGAGCAGCAGCAGCAUUCGCCUCAGCAGAUCAGCUACAGCUCCUUCAACCUCCAGCACUACAGCUCCUCCUACCCAACCAUCACUCGCUCGCAGUACGACUACACAGACCACCAGAGCUCCAACGCCUACUACAGUCAUGCUGCCAGCCAGAGCGCCAGCCUCUAUUCCACAUUCACGUACAUGAACCCCACCCAGAGGCCCAUGUACACGCCCAUCGCAGACACCACAGGGGUGCCUUCCAUUCCUCAGACCCACAGCCCACAGCACUGGGAACAGCCCGUCUACACGCAGCUCACUAGACCAUAAGCUUUUGAGCGACGGUUAAAUCUUCGCAGACUUAUGCAAGCAUUUUUUUUAAAAAAGCUAAAAGUGAAUGGAUGAGGACAAAAAUAAAUAGAUCCCAGCAUGCCUUGUGCACUACAGCAUCAGCCAGAUCAUUCUGCUCAGUAAACAAACAUUCCACGAUGGACUUUAAGAACCUUGAUUUGAAGGCGACUUUUUUUUUUAAAAAAAAAAAUAUCUUCUUCAUACAACCAGCUUAGUUUGCCUAGGUAUGGACUUGGUAAUUAUUUUUUAACAAUAACUAAAAAUGAAAAAAAUGAAAAGAAAAAAAAACAUUGCAAAACUCAAAGUAUUCCUCUGUGAGGAAUAUUCUCUAUUUUAAAUAUUUUUUAGUAUGUACUGUGUAUGAUUCGUUACCAUUUUGAGGGGAUUUAUAUGUAAUUUUACUUCUUGUUUUUAGAGAAACUUUUUUUUUUAAAUAAAAUGCUCCUUCCUUCUUCUUUUGACAGUUAAACAACACUUAGCAAAACAGUAUGCCUUAGCCUUAUUCUUGCUGUCAGAGGUAUUUUUGUAUAGUUAAUUGCCUUUCGCUUUGUAGAAAGCAAAAAUUAGUGCAUAAAGUCAAAGAAAAGGGAGAAAAAGAAGAAGAAACACAGCUCCUCACUAACCAGUGGUCAGUUGCUCAAUGCGAUGAUAGAGUUCUGGAAAGAGACUUUAUUUUUCUAGCUGGGAAGUAAGAGAUGCCUUUGGGGGAAAUCUAAAGGAAAAAAAAACCCCAAUUAACACCGUGAGCCUUAAAGUAACACUAACAGAAAGCCUUAAAGAACAACCCUGUGAUAUCUUCCAAGAGACUUGCACAAAUAUUUCCCUCACUGCCAAGAGAAAAGAUGAGGUUCUAAAAGAAGAGAGCUCAGUUUUUAAGGUCAGAAGAUUAUAUAUAUAUUUUCUUGGCAACUACCAGCACCUGGUUAUAAAGCCACAGACCAUCACUUCCUUCCCUGACUCCCUCCCUUCAAGGUCCAGCACUGGGCCCCCACGUGAAAGGCGGAUGCUAACAGCCCCAAAGCCACCUUCCUUGCAAAUUCCAUUAAGAACAGGAUUCUGUACUCCAUGAAACCCAUUUGUAGGGGGAAGACAGGCUGGCAGUGGGAAAGAUCAACUUUAGCAAGGUUCAUUGAUGACAGCAUAGGUGCUCUUUUAAAAAAUAUAUUAUAUAUAAAUAUAUUUAUUUUGUGAAAAAAGAGGUUUUUAAUCAAGAUAUUUUCUUCCAUUUCCCUCCUUCCACAUUAGACAUUCUUGUAAUGUAAACAGAAGUGCCAGAGACUUACUCAGAGGGUAUAUGGUGCCUAAUCAUUAAAUUAUGGUCUAAAUCAAUAACCCCUUAUUUUAUUUAUCUCUUUUGUGGGGUAUUUUUUAAUUAUUAUUAUUAUUAUUAUUCCUUCAGAAUGUGUCUUAGGUUUGUACAAAUACAUCAGCUUCUAUUUGUUUUUCUUUUGUUUAAAAAUAAACUGGAAAGCUCUUCUUUUUUUCUCUUGUUUUCUCAUUGUACAAACAAAAGAUUGCAAAUGUAGUGUAUCACUGAGUCAUUUGCCUGGUUUUCCGCCUCAGCUCUUCUGGACUCACAACUUGGACCUAGGUUUACACAUGCAGCAGUAUGGGGAGAUAAUGAGGAGGUAGAAUGGACUUUACCAUUAAAGAUGGGGGUUGCUAUUUUUAAAUGCUCUCCAGGAUUAAAAAUAAAUAAAAAUAACCCUCAUUUGGUGUUUUUUAAUUGGAAUGAAUUCUUUUACAUGGAGGAAUUUACAAAAAAUGGCCCCGCUGACUUGCAAACAAAGUGGUACACAAUCCACUCUCCUAUCUCAAGGUUCCUCUGCCUCAUUCUGCUGUGUAGGUAGGCCAGGGCUUGAUCAGUCCGAGAGAACAGUGGGUGCAUCCAUACGGCAUUGCUCUUCUGCAAGCCGCCUUCUUUUUCAUGGGGCUUGCACAUUUCCACAGGGCUUUUUUUAGUCCCAUGAAAGCCCCCUUGAAAUGAAUGGACGCUGCAGAGCAGCAGAACGGGAUCGAUAGCUCCCAAUGUACCCUUCCACUUCUUCAUACUACUUGAUUUGAGGAGAAGGUUAGGGGAGGAAGCUGACAUUGGUGAAGCUGUGGAUGAACAGUUAAGGAUUGCUUUUUAAAAAAGAUAGCCAACUUUUUUAUUUUUUAAAAAAAGAUAUAUUUGUUAACAGUUUUGUAGGGAAUUCAGUAGAAGAAAAUCUUAAAGCGCUCUUAUAAUAUGGUAUCUUUUCUAUUUCUAUAUUAAAAAAGCAGAUCUUUUUAAAGUAUUUCUGUAACUUAAAAGACCUGUCCUUUAAAAAAAAAUCAGUUUUAGGUAAGGUAUUCAUUGUUUUUUGUUCAUUAUGUUUGCAAAUCUUUUU